AUGUCGCCAAUAAGGACGCCCAUCCACAGGAGCUGCUCCUGUACCCCACCUGGCGGCCAUCUGAGCGUCUACACACCGCGGUACCGCGGCCUGGGCACGGCCGAAUCACCAUUCACACAUAUCCUCCACCCCAUCCAGACCUGGUUCCGGUUCAAAAUUAUCCUCCCGGCCCAUCGUGGAGGCAAUAAGACGUUCACGGCGGAAUGGAUAUUCAUGACCAUCAAUCUGCUGGAAAUGCUCGACCGUCUCGAGAUCGACCGGUCGGUCGUCAGGGACCCGAGCGUCUUCAUCUGCUUCCAUAGGUUGGUCUCGGGCGACGAAUACCCGCACAGAUACAUGCCCGAGUACAAGGGGCUUGUCAAUCUGGGUGAUGAUGUGGCCUGGCGGAGGGUGCUCGGGGAGUGUAGGGAAAGGCUGGGCUACAUUUCGCUGUUUUUUGCGGCCAUCAUGCAUCAUGAGGAUGUGGCGUCCAUGGAGGAUCAGCGGCUGAGGGAAAUGAUUUUCCAUCACGUGGUGAGAGGUAGAAAAUUCCUUUUGAUCCUUGAGAAGAAUAAGGGGGCGCGCAUGAGCUGUGGAGAGUGUUGA